AUGAGCUCCAAAGAACCAACACCAAUCAACACAGCCGCAGCUUCAGCUUCAGCAUCAACUGACUCGUUUGUCGAUGCCCCAGAGUCUGCAGAUGCCAUAGAAACAGUGGAAGUUGAUGACAAAGACACAUUGAAAGAAGAACCUCUAGCAACACCAAACCAUAGUCUAAUCCAAUCAAAUGGUAGCGAGGAGAACCAACCUGAAGAAAGUGAAAAGAAGACUGAUGUGGUCACGAUCUUUGACGUUGCUACUGAAAUUGAAAACAUGUUGAAAGAGAUUGAUUCAAAGAUUGAUGAGAAUGACCAACUGGUUCAACAAAAAAUUGAAAAAAUUAACAAAACGUUAGACAAGAUUGAAAACAAGAUGAGAAACAACAAAUGA